AUGGAAGAUGAAGCCCGACACGACGGGAUGCAUCAGAAGACGGCCAUUUUACCCAAGGAGAGCGACAAGCUCGGCUUCGGCGCCUUCAUCGGAGUUGCAAAUAAGAGAGUGGCAGAACGCUUCAGUCCCGACGCCCAACACUAUCCCGACACGCUCGGCUCCUUCAUCCAUCACUGGCUCACAUUAGAGGAGGCCCGGCGCGAAUCCCUUCGGAACGUCGUCGCUGGAAGCGACACCUCUGCCACUACCUUCUGCGUCAUCAUGCUCCGUCUCCUUAGUAAUCCCUAUGCCUAUAAGAAGCUGGUAGACGAGAUUAACGAGGGCAUCAAGGCCGGCAAGAUCUCCUCGCCAGUCACCGAUCCCGAGGCCCGCCAAUUACCCUACCUGCAGGCUGUCAUCAAGGAGGGUCUCCGGAUCAAGGCUCCCUACUGCUAG